ACUACAUUUUACAUUAUUGGUAUGAACUUCCAAGUUUAUAAAUCAAUAUCGGGUAUUCAAAAGAUAUACACUUGACGUUGACAAUUACGUAUUUUUCAAAUGCAUGGAUAAAAUAGUAUUAAUAACAGAGAUAAUUUGCACAAAUAAUAUUUGAUAUUUGAAAUUUAAGAUUUGUCAACUAAAUCAGUAAGUGCUGAUCGAUACUGUGAAAUGAUUAGUACACCUUAUGAAAAGGUGAAAAUCGAAGUGAUAAAAACUAUAAAAAAAAUAAAACAAAGAGGAUACAUAUUAAAAACCAUUAAAAGAGAACACUUAAUACUUAAUGAAGGUGAAUAAGCAUGACAGAAGCAAAAUAUCUGGUUAAACUUGAUUAAAAAAGGCAACAACAAACAAGCUAAAAAAACUUGGAAGAAACGGCGAGGCAAUACGAGUGAAAACUUUAAAACGGAGAACUGCACACAACAAUAUGUCUGACAAGACUUCAGGCGAAGAGCUACGUUGCGGGCAAUGUAUAAAGGCGUACAGGGACCCAAGACUGUUAGGAUGCCUACAUUCCUUCUGUAUGGAGUGUAUUCAGGAACAUGUGAACAAAAACAAGUGGAAACGGAGUCUUCUGUGUCCUCUCUGUCAGAAGGAGAUGCUCAUUCCCAAGGAAGGGUUAUCCACCCUUUCCAAGGACAUUUACAUCAAGGCGCAACUCGAUUCCAGCAAGCUGAAGCCCGGGACUGAAUGCGAAAUAUGUCAGGAGAACAACGGCCCUGCUCGCUCUCGCUGUAUUGACUGUGAAGUGAAUCUCUGUGUGAGUUGUAAGAGCAAACAUGCUCCGGUUGAUUCUGAGCAGGUCCAUAACUUUAUUGAUUUUGAAGAAGUGAAGCCAGAUGGGCGUCAGAAACCGAACCAUCAUACCAGACUGACGCAGAGUAAGACCUGUAAUAAACAUCCGGGAGUUGAACUUAAUGUGUACUGUACAAAAUGUAAAACUGUUAUAUGUAGGACAUGUAAAGAAGAGAAGCACAGCGCACAUCCUGUGCAGGAAACCGGCGAUGUAUCUAAAAUGAUGAGGUCAUCUCUCUCACAUUUUCUUGGUGCUAUCAAGGAAUAUUUACCCGACUUCGAGAAUUACGUGAAGAAGAUACGACAAGGCCAGAAAGAAGCCGAGAGUGAUUUGCAAAACGCUAUUAAAGAUGUUAAGAGUAGAGCCAAGUUUCUGCAAAAUGAAAUAGAGAAGGUUAGCGAAAACUUAGUUUAUGAACUUAAACAAAGACACAAGUCAUCUGUUGAAGAAUUAAACAAAGAAGCAAAGAAUGUCAUCAACUCUUACAAGUCAAUCGCGACAGUAACGACUUCUGCAGACAGAAUGCUGAAACUAGGAUCAGAUCUUAAUAUAAUCGAUAUUUCGAAGAAAAUUCAGAAGCGCUUCAUGCAGAUAGAGGAUGAACUGCCGACCAUGGAUAUUGAUAAGAUAGAAACCGUUGGUUUUGUACCCGGUGGUCUGAAGUUUGACUCACUGCCUAAAUUAUUUGGACAGUGCACGAAAGGAGAAAUAGCGUUGCCAACGUUACCCGUACCUUGGGGAAUCAGAGUAGCAAAGGAGUUUGAAAUCUGUUCAAUCGCUGCCUUCAAAAUCCAAAAUAGCCCGGAAACCAUCCAGGCAAUAGCGCCUAUAUCAGACCAGGAGGCUUGGGUUGCGUGUGGCUGGGGAACGAAAAACGUGUAUUUGUACACGAUCUCGGGCGAGAGGAAGAAGAAAAUCACACUAGACAUUCAGAUAGACCACCUUUGCGUCACACCGAGUGGUGAGUUGCUUGUAUCAAGCUACGAAGACAAGUACAUUCGGAAAAUCAACAAAGAAUACCAGGUUUGUGACUUUGCUAUGCCUCACCUAUUCCCUGGAGGAAUGUUUAUGACAAAAAGAAAGGAGCUGUUUGUCUGUGCAGUGGAUAGCUACACGACAAGACGUGCCGAACACUCUCGGCGAUGCUUGAUGAAGAUGUCGGAGUAUGGAAUGGCGAUAGAUGAAAUAGACGAGGACGGUGAUGUUGCUCUGUUUGGUGCACCGUACCGCGUGGUCGAGGGUCCAAACAGGAGUCUUAUCAUUACCGACAGAGAGGAGGGCAAAUUGCGUGUCGCAUGCGUGGAUCAUGAAGGCUGCAGAAAGUUCGUGUAUACAGGACCGAAACAACCACAGACGAAUCAACCGUUUAAUCCUUUAGGCUUGUGUUGUGAUCGGGCUGGUAAUUUGUUGGUUGCCGACUGGGGAAACCAUGCAGUGCAUUUAGUGGACACCGACGGGGACUUUAAAGGUUGUAUUCUCUCUCAGAAAGAUGGACUCUUUAAGCCCAAUGCUAUGGCACUCGACAAAAGUGGUCAGUUAUGGGUUGGCGACGGAAACGCCACACUGCGUGUGUACAAAUACGGCAAACGGGACUAUUAAAAUGAUAUGGGAAGUCAUUUUCUGUGAAUUUACACCUCACAUCGGCUUCAUUUUUUGGAUAUUGUACCUUGCCCGACGAUGUUCAAUAACUAGUAGUGCUGAAAUUCAGCCGGCGUCUUAGAGACUGCCGAGAACUUGAUAGUACGGUGUCACGAAUAAACACUGCAAUAUUCAUCUGCGAAUAAUGUUAAAGUUAAAGUAGUAUAUAGAUAAAAUUAAUUGC